AAAAAAUUCAUACCAAGAAGCCCAAUACUAACAAUUAAAAAAGAAAGAAUAAGUUGGCAUUGAUAUGAGCUAAAUUUCUCUGUUUCUAUAUUCCGUUAGUAUAAAACCCAUACGCAGGCUGAUAUUCCACAUUCUCAACUCAAGAUAGAUGGCUUUGGUUUGCUUUGUACUUGGAUUGCCAAAUCAGCUUUUCACUUUGUAUAAAUUGAAAACAUUUUGUGUGUAAUCCUUUUUGAUUCAUUUUAUAGAAAGUCAGAGGAAUAUACAGAUUUCUUCUUCUCCCUUUUAAUAUUUCUAGACUUAGGCUUUCUUCUUUCAUUCAAAUCUUACUCGGUCGAUUGAGUGGUGUAAUUAAGAGUGUUUUUCUUUUUCUUCUUGCUUUUACAUUACAUUUUCACUACCAUCUAGUAUCAGCUGAAAUCGGAAAUUCCACGAAUGAAUUCGGAAACCUAAGCGGGAGAAAAUCCUGGGAGACAACGGUCCUUGCAAGACUUCAAGAUCGGAAAACCCCUGGGCAAAGGCAAAUUCGGCAGAGUUUACCUGGUUCGAGAAGUCAAGAUUUCUUAUUUACUUUUAAUUUUUUUUCACUUAUUUUUACAGUCGCAAGCUAAUUUCGUUUUCUCAUUUUAAUUUGAUUUGAAAAUGUUGAUGAAGCCAACUUUGAGGCUAAUCCUUAUCCAAGACCCACGUUCCGGCGAAAAGUUGGAGUUUAAACCCGAAGCCACCAUCCGGAUCGGGCGAGUUGUCCGGAGCAACAACGUCACGAUAAAGGACGCCGGAAUCUCCUCCAAGCACCUUAUAAUCGGAUUCGAAUAUGGGAAAUGGACUAUCCAAGGUCUGGAUUCCUCCAACGGCACCAGUGUCCACUCCUGCAAACUCCCCCCUUAUACAGCCGCCGAGCUCCACGAUAACGACAUCGUUAAACUCGGAGAGUACACAUCGAUCUCGAUCAAAUUACUGACGGAAAACGGCCACGAGGAAUCUGUGAAGCCGAGGAGGAAUCCAACUCGUCAAGCGAAUGCCAGAGCCACUAGAUCUAGGAGUUGGAUGGAAAUGCCACCUGAGAGUUGUGAAGUUCAAACUGAAAGCACAGAUAAUUUGGAGGCAGCGCAGGUGCCAGCAGAGAGUGAUGAAGUUAAAAUUAUGGAUAAAAAAGACAUCAAAGAUUUUAAAGAUGUCAAAAUAACGCGUAAUGGUAGGACCAGGAAGAAAGGUAUCCAGGAAAUGCCACGGGAGAGUAGCGAAGUUCAAAUUGAAGAUAGAGAAAAUUUGAAACCAGAGCAAGGCCGCCAGAGAGUGAAAUUAGUAGAAAUAAGUGGCAGAGAUGUUAAAGAGAUUAAAUUGGGUGAAGUAAGUGGUACUGAUGUCAAAAAGAGUAACAGUAGCAAGGUCGGACAUAAAGAAGAUUUACGGGAUUUGGAGACAAUGACCCUUGGAGAGUGGUUUCAUUACAUGGAGGUUUAUUUGCCAAAGUAGAUAAUUGAAGCGAUUGAGGAGAUGAUAGUGGGUAUUCAGUUUGGGUCUAUCUAUAAUAGAUCAAUUCGAUUCGAUUUACUUUAAUUAUCAAAGGUAGUUAGCAUAGAAGUUAUUGACAAUUGGACUUUUAUUUAAAGUCCAAAACUGUUUUCCCUCAAAAGGUGAUUUUUACGUAAUAUCUUUUAGAAGAA